UCAUGAAGCCAGCGCCUGAAUUUCGGAUCACAAACUUGGUGGAUGAGUGGCAGUACAAGGCCUGGCUCACCUUCACGGAUUCCACUGGGCGCCAAUGCGUUGGUCAGUACUGCCACCCGGAUUCACCGCGGCCCGGUUCCUGGUUCAACGGCCGCGUGCUGUCGUUUUCGAAGGUCAAGCUCUUCUCCUACAAGAAAAAGAUCCCGAACCCGCCUCCGAUCACUCUGAGGUGUUACCGCACUUACCACAUCCAAGUGAAUGUUGGGAUUGUGGACGAUAACGGAUACAUCGUCAGCGCAUCGGUCGUCCGGCAAUCUGUUGGUGCCGACUUCAUUGCCGUCACCAGUAGCAUUACUAGGUGGGUGUUGUGCUUUGCAUUCUGGCUGUUUCUUUUGCAAACAUCUGUAUUUCAAUGUCCUCUUCUUUCUCAGUCUCUUUUCUUUCUACAGCUGAUGAAACCACGCUCAGAAUAUUAUUGUAAUCUUAAUUCUUUUUUGCUUUUUUUCUCAGGCGUCCAGUCAACAGCGGUACAAGACAGGCGCGCUGACUGAAGUUCUCAAGGCUGUUUAUGUAAUAACAGUAAUAAAUAAAUAUUUAUUUGUGAGUACAAACAGUCCCUUUUUUUUCCUUGUUUAAUGACAUUUUACAGUACAACCAAGACAAAGAAUGCAAUGGUGGUGUGCCUACUGAGGUAUAGAAAAAUACACCAGCUGCACACAUGGCGAUGCUGCAGGUAGGUUGUCACCCUGAAAAGAAAGAAAACAAAGCGGAAGCGCUCACCGCAGAUAAAUAAGAACACCCUAGUACCCUUGCAUACCUCAGAAAAAGUCCAUUACGCACAGAAUGCAGCCACGUACUCGUGACC